AUGUCGCUGUUGCCGGAUGAUAUUCUACCUGACAUUCUUUCUCGGUUGCCUGUUAAGAGUCUACUCCGUUUUAGGUGCGUAUCUAAAUCUUGGCUUGCCCUAAUCAGUUGCCCUGAUUUCGUUAAAUUGCAUCUGAGCCGAUCAGUUCAAAUCAAGAACAACCUUCGUCUUUUUCUGUGGGAAGACAAUUUUUAUCGUGUGGAUUUUGAUCCCGAUGAAGGCGUUCUUCAACCGGCUGUGGUCAAUAACCAUCCGUUGAAUAGUUGUCCUGUGAUGACUUUAAUUAUGGAAUUGUGCCAUGGGAAUUAUGAUUGUGGAAUUAUGUUGUACGGGUCUUGUGAUGGCUUACUCUGCAUGUCAGAUGCCAAUUCCAUUAACGAUUUCUUUAUUUGCAACCCAUCAACUAGAAAGUCUAAAAAAUUACCUUACGAAUCGGUUGAAUUACCAGAUAUAAAUAACAUUUUCUACGACUGUAUUUAUCGAUUUGGUUACGAUAACACCAACGAUGAUUACAAGGUUGUGAGACUUGCGUUUCGUCAAAAAACUUUUAGAGGAGACAUCGACGAAUAUGAGGUGAAGGUUUAUAGUUUGAAAUCAAAUUCGUGGCAUAGGCCAGAGAAGUUUUCUCAAUGUCCGAAGAUGGGGAGCUUUGGAGAUUCAAUAGCUGGUGGAGCUCUGCACUGGAUCUCAUAUGUGAAAACAGCUACACCAAAGAAAAGAUUGAUUGUUGCUUUUGAUCUUGGAACAGAGAAAUAUAGAGUAAUUCCACAACCAAAAUACGCUGGCCCUCAUUUCUUUUUAUAUUUGAAUAAUUUAGGUGGAUGUCUUUCAUUGAGUUGUCAGUACGAGUCAUCGGUUGUGGAAGUAUUUUUGCUGAAAGAAUAUGGUGGAGAAAAUGAACAUUGGUCGAAAUUGAUUACAAUAUCACCGACAAAUCCUUUUGUAAUUUUUUACACUGUGAAACCUAUUACUUAUUCAAAAUGUGGUAUGAAAGUACUCUUGAACAUUAAUUCGAGCCUUAUUUGGUAUAAUUUAGAACAGCAGUCAUUUGAGGAAGUUAGGGUUCGUGGUAUGGAAGAUAUAACUCAAGUACAAACUUGCCUUGAGAGUCUCGUCUCUGUCGAUUUUCCACCAGCUGAACAAUUACUUAUUAAAGGGGUUCAAGUUGGCGCUAUAGUUCCUACAAGAACAACCAAUAUCAAUAAUGAAGAUGUUAGUGAAUAUAUUACCAAUUCAAAAAGUGGUAAGAAAGUACUCUUGGAAGUUGAUUUUCAUCUUGUUUGGUAUAACUCAGAGCAAGAGUCAUUUGAGGAAAUUAGGGUUGAUGAUAUAGAUUGA